GAUGAGUUACUCUUGGCCUUCUUACGUCAGGCCAAGUACAACCACAUGAAGGCACAAAAUCGCUUGGACAAUUUCUGCACUUUCAGAACUUCUCCAACAGAAGGUUCUCCGGCGUGGUGUUGGGCAAUGCUUGGUUUUACGCAAGAGGGUUCAGUCACAUUAAUGGUCAAGUGCAAGAAUCCUGACUUGAAUGUGGUAUCGAUGGACGAUCUUCAAAGUGCUGUUCAGAUCUGGUACGAUGAGGCCAUUCUUGAUCAACGAAUACAAAUCGGAGGUUUCAGUAUGAUAAUGGAUCUCUCUGAUCUUCGUAAGGAGGAUAUAAUAAAGAUGUUUGACCCAAAGGCGAGUAGGCUUGCCACAAAGUAUUUCCAAGACUGUCUUCCAUUCCGAAUAAAGAAAAUUAUCUACUACAAUGCACCAAAAAUUUUCGAAGCCAUGUUUAAAAUAUUUUCUGAAUGGCUGAAUGAAAAAAUUAAAUCACGAAUAAUGAUGGUGGGCACCGAUAUGAAUCGAGCUUUCGAUGCCCUUCCUGGCUUAAAGGACUUGAUGCCAGAAUCCUACGGUGGCAACGUCAAAAUGACAUUCGAGGAAAUGUGUGGUAUCUUCUUUUAA